AUGGAUAUCCAAAUCCUCUCAGACCUCCAUCUCGAAAGCCCUAAAGCCUACGACUGCUACGAAAUCACCCCAACCGCGCCCCAUCUCGCACUACUGGGAGACAUCGGUUGCGUCUGUGACCCAGGAUACCUCACCUUCCUCACCGCCCAGCUUAAGCAAUUUAGCAUUGUCUUCCACGUCUUAGGAAACCAUGAGCCCUACGGAUCCAGCUGGGACUCAGUCACCGCAAAGCUCCGCACGUUCCAAAAGGAGAAUCGGCUACAGCGGGCAGCAGACUCGAGUUUAGGAGAGUACAUCCUUCUCGACCGCGACGAGUAUCAUCUGCCCGAGUACAAUAUUACAGUCCUUGGCUGCACGUUAUUCUCACACAUACCUACGGUCUCAUUGGAAGAUGUUAGCUUCGGCCUCAACGAUUUCUUCCGCAUUGACUCCUGGACUGUCGAGGAUCACGUCUCUGCACACACACGCGAGUGUGCCUGGCUGAAUUCGCGCGUCAGCGCCCUGUCUCGGGAACGACCUGACCAUAAAAUCAUCAUAUUCACACACCACAGCCCUACGAUCAACUCUAGAACUGUCAAUCCUCGGACCGCCGGCAAUAAAAUUUCAUCAGGCUUUGCAACUGAUUUGGGGGGCGAAGUAUGCUGGACCGGAGAGAAGGUCGUAUUUUGGGCGUUUGGGCAUACGCAUUACAACUUUCCGCACUGGAGGGAUGAGGAGAGUGGGACCUUUGUUUACAGCAACCAGAGGGGAUAUUACUUCUCGCAGGCUCCUGGCUUCUCGGACACACGGGUGAUAAGGAUUGGGAAAGAUGGGGGAGUGGUGGCUAAGGAAGAGAAAAGCGAGAUCGCGCCUCAGCCCGAGCCUGACUCCUGA